AUGGGACCACGCGCAGCUACGCACUCUGGGCGUGCGCUUUGCUUCUGUCGCCCGCCACUUUACCGACUACCUCUUCUCCCUUUUCUCUCUCCUUCUCGGCCACGCGCGUUACCUCGAACGUUAACCCAGCUUCCGCCUCUCUUUGCCGGCAUAUCCUCAGCCGCCACACCCCCUCCUCUAUCUGGGGUCGAGCAUCAGCCCUUAGCCAAGGGAACACAGCUCAAUUCCGUCUUGGGCAAAUCCUACGUCAUUGACGAAGUGCUUUCUCGGCGACGUGACUCGGAUAGGCUUUUGUGCGUGUACCGAGCUAGUCACGAGGGGAAGCUGUUCAUUCUUAAAGACAUUUUUCCCGGCCACUUUGAGUACAAUAUUUCGUUGCAGGAGCAUGUAAAGCACUCCCCCCAUGUCCGAACGACGGUGGACAGCAUUCCUGAUCGGUACAUCUUGGUUUUCCCUCAUCUCGAGAAAGACCUACACCAUAUCAAAACCGCGGCCCUAUCCCCAGCCGCCAAAAAGGGAAUCAUACGAGACUCUCUUGUCGGUCUUGCUAACCUACACGACAAGCACAUAAUCCACAGUGAUAUCAAGCCCACCAACAUCAUGAUGGACUCGUUCAAGCAAGUCAAUGGCGAGCUUGGGUUUCGCAAUGUCCAGAUUACGGACCUAGAGGCCGCACUGGUUCUCCCUCCGGAGGCCAUCGGAGUAACGGACCGUUUGUCUGGCAAUUGCUUCUGGCGAAGCCCAGAGGCAUGGGCUCGGGGGGCCCAGAACACCCCAUCCGACAUCUAUUCCUUUGGGAUCGUGGCAAUCUUCACCUGGACCGGCAGGAUGGUAUUCUGCUCGGACGAGGCAACCCGAGCUUCUUCCGAGGCGCGGGCGCAGCUAAUACUCCGGCUCCAUCUUUCUUACUUCGCCAGAGAGAUGGAAGACUUUGAGGGGUUCAUCAACUACCACAGCGGACACCGGGAUCCAUUUGUCGAACGUCUCAAAGCGCUCCUCUGCACGUUCAACGAAGAGAACCCAAGGCUGCCCUUCUCUGGAUGGCAGCACAUAGAUUCACAGCUGAGGGAUCUCGUUUGCAGGAUGACUUGUAUGGAUCCAUUGCGGAGGAUCACAGCGCGGGAGGCACUGCAGCACCCCUGGUUUGCUGAAGAU